CUGACUUUUUAUCUAUUAUUUUCCUUUGCUCACAAGCGUCUAGGAGAAAGCCUCUCAAGGAGACAAGAGUACUCAACAAUGCAGCUGGAACACAGUGUCCGGCGGGGCACAAGGCUCAUAACGGGGAAGUUGGUGGGCGGGCCAUUGAAGGCCAAGGUAGUAUUCUUGCCUAGUAGCAAACGAUCCCUGACAACAAGGUGCCGUCAAGAUCCCAAUCGGUUGUCUUGGAGAGCCAAUCAACGAAAAUCAUGGGUUCCGACUGUCACUAUAGCUAUAGCCUCGACAAUUGCCGGUGCUGCAGCGUUAGGAGCAUACAGUCUUCUCAGCGACCGGGGACCGCAGCCACCAGUCGCGGCUGAUCCGUCGAAGAAGACACUCUUGAUUUUAGGCACUGGCUGGGGAUCUGUCUCUCUACUCAAAGGCCUCGACACCAGCAAGUAUAACGUUGUUGUUAUAUCCCCUCGGGAUCACUUUCUCUUUACUCCUCUGUUACCAUCGUGUGUAACCGGUCUUCUAGAGGGCCGGUCUCUUACGGAGCCUAUUCGUAACAUUCUAAGCCAAAAGUCCGGGUCGGUAAAGUUCCGCAAAGCUAGUGUGUCUAAAAUUGACUACGCAAAUCGUGUCGUUCAUCUCAAUGAUUCCGAACUGGGCUGCAAUAGCACGUGGAAAGACAGAAUCUCAUUUGAUAUGCUUGUUAUUGGUGUUGGGGCUGAGAAUGCUACAUUUGGGAUUCCGGGCGUCAAAGAGUACGCAUGUUUCCUGAAGGAAGCUAGUGAUGCUCGGCACAUCAGGCAACGUGUGAUGAACUGCCUUGAACAGGCCUCCCAAGAGCAAAGUGACGAAGAGAUUGAACGAAUGCUGCACGUGGUCGUUGUCGGUGGUGGGCCAACUGGUAUUGAGACAGCCGCAGAGCUGAGGGACCUCUUCAAGGAUGAUCUCAAACAUCAGAUUCCACAUCUCUCGGACAAGGUUAAAGUGAGCUUAGUGGAAGCUCUCCCUUCUGUGCUUCCAAUGUUCUCUGAAGGUUUGAUUCAAUACACCGAGUCCAGGUUUGCAGAACAGCAGAUUGGAAUUCACAAGAAUACAAAAGUCAAGAAAAUCACCAAUAAUCAGAUUGAGACGGAAGUGCUUCAGCCUGAUGGAAGCACUAAAUCUGAACUUGUCCCGUAUGGGCUUUUGGUGUGGGCUGCUGGAAAUGCAGUUCGCCCCGUCGUCAGAGACUUCAUGAAUCAACUCCCAGAGCAAGCUUCCUCCCGUCGUGGCCUUCUGGUCGAUGACUACCUCCGCGUCCAGGGUACUGAGAAUGUUUGGGCCAUCGGUGACUGUACUGCCACGAAAUACAGUCCAACUGGGCAAGUUGCUCACCAAGAGGGUGCUUAUCUCGCGGAAAGUCUCAACAUGAAAGCAAGUAUCGAGGAAGACUUGGCCAAGACGCAAGCCUUACCGCCUUUCGAAUAUACCCACCAAGGAACUCUUGCAUAUGUUGGGAAUAAUCAUGCCAUCGCGGAUCUAUCUAUGUUUGGCAAGGGCAUAGCGAGUGCUGGACCGCUGACCCAUGUUCUGUGGCGUGCAGCAUAUAUAAAGAUGUGUAUCAGUGCCCGGACUCGAUAUUUCAUUACAGGUGACUGGCUCAGGGCUUCCAUCUUUGGCCGAAGUGUAAUCGCGGAAUAGGCGCGGGUAGGCAAUAUCAUCAUAUUGGUUUUUUUCUGUAUCAGUUCUUGGUUAUUACGGGGGACGAUCUGGACAAAAG